AUGCGUUUUUCACUAAUAAACCUACUCCUGUGUACUUUUCUUUUGAAACUUAGCAACACUGAAAAAAUUACUUUCGAAAAUGUGACGGUUCAAUGGUAUGUCGGUAAUGAGACGGUAUAUACAUCUGACAAUCUUAAGAAAAUCAUUCCUGUUGAAGAAAAAAAAGUGCCCGUGUGGAUCCAGGGCAGCAUUCCCAUCUUGUACGAAAAAUCGGUUUCCGAUAUACCAAAUUUGAGCGUACUCCGCCUAUCCGGUGUAGGUAUGGAAGAAAUCAAACCCGGAGCUUUUGGUAAUUUACCCCUUUUAAAAGCUCUCCUUCUGGAUUCGAAUAACUUAACACAAAUCAAAACUGAUACUUUUGUCGAUUUAAAUGUGUCUUACAUAGACUUGUCAUUCAACUCAAUCGUCCUUCUACAACCCGGAGCUUUCAAAAAUAUCAAAGCUGAACGCGUGGAUCUUGGUAACAACAAACUCGCUGAACUUCCAAGUCGCGUCUUCGAAAAUUUUACUCUUGAAAACUUGAUUUUGAGUGACAAUCUUCUCCACACCAUCGCGCCAAGUUCUUUGUCGAGAAUUGCAUUGAGAAGAUUGAGUCUGUUUGGGAACAAACUCAAGGAAAUCGAGCCAGAGGUCUUUGACAUACAAGAAUUAAUAGCACUAGAUUUGGAUGAUAAUUUAGUCAAGCUUCUGCGACCCGGUGAUUUGAGAAACUUACCAAAGUUGAAUAUACUUAGACUUGCGAGAAACGAAUUGAAAGAAAUUCCAAAGGGGGUUUUCAACAAUACCAAACUCACUCGGUUGGAUUUAAACGCAAAUAAGAUUGCUAAAAUCGCGAGUAAAGCUUUUGAUGACAUGCCAGACCUUGUAGCAUUGUACAUUAACUCCAACAAUCUAACCCAGUGGGAUAAUAAUUGGCUGAGAGGGGCAAAAUCACUUGUUCAUAUUUCUGUCAAUUUUAAUCAAAUAACGGAGAUUCCAGACGAAGCGUUCAAGAAUUAUCCUCGUGUGAAGAGUAUUGAUCUUGAGGUGAAUAAAAUUGGGAAGAUUUCAGCUAAAGCAUUUGAUAAGUUGGAACGCGUUGAUUAUUAUUUAAACUUGGCCUCUAAUGAUAUUGAUAGUUGGAGUCCAGAUUUGUUGGGGAAUGUUAGUAUUGGUGGUUUGGGUCUCAAUGGAAAUAAGUUACAAUGUAUUGACGGAGAUUUGAAGACGGUUUUCAAAAAUGUUGAAGUUACAAAUUUGCGAAAUAAUCCUUGGAGUGAAAAGUGUGCUAAGAAGAUGGAGGAAUUUAUUAAAACGCCAGCGGAUGAAAAAAUUACUUUCGAAAAUGUGACAGUGCAGUGGUCUCUUAAUGACGAACUAGUAGAGUCGGUAGCUACAUCUGACGAUCUUAAGAAAAUCAUUCCCAAUAAAACCCAAGUGUCCGUGGAAAUCUUUGGACACGUUCCCAUCCUGUACGAAAAAUCGGUUUUCGAUGCACCUGAUUUGAAGACACUUGACUUGUCCAGCGUGGGUUUGGAAGAAAUCGAACCGGAAGCUUUUGGUAACUUACCACUUUUGGAAGAUCUCCUUCUUGCUUCGAACGACUUGACACAAAUCAAAACUGCUACUUUUACCAAUCUAAACGUAUCGCAUGUAGUUUUGUCAUCCAACUCAAUCACCCUUCUAGAACCAGGAGCCUUCACGAAUUUCAAAGCUGAAUACGUGUCACUUGAUAGCAACAAACUCACUGAAUUUUCAAGUGGUGUCUUUGAAAACGUUACUCUUGGAACCUUGAGUUUGAAUCAUAAUCUUCUAUACACCAUCGCACCAGGAGCUCUGUCUGCAAUUGGAUUGACAAGACUGAAGUUGUUUGGAAACAAUUUCGAGGAAAUUGAUCCGGAAAUUUUUGAUAUGCAAGAGUUAGUAUCACUCGAUUUGUAUUCAAACUCAAUCAAGCUUCUGCGAUCUGGUGAUUUGAGAAACUUACCAGAGUUGAAGGAACUCUGGCUUUCGGAAAACCAAUUGGAAGAAAUCCCAGAAGGAGUUUUUAACAACACCAAACUCACCUACGUGUAUCUAGCCAACAACCAGAUUGCUAAAAUUGCUGGUAAAGCAUUUGAGGACAUGCCUGAGCUUAUAGUAUUGAGACUUGACUUCAAUAAGGUUACAGAUUGGGAUAAUAAUUGGUUGAGUGAGGCAAAAUCAAUUUCUGAAAUUUCAAUCAGUUAUAAUUUGAUUACUGAGAUUCCAGACGAAGUAUUGAAGAAUAAUUCUAAUGUGACCAAAAUUGAUGUCCAGGGGAAUAAAAUUAGGAAGAUUUCAACUAAGGCGUUUUAUAAAUUAGAACACAUUGAUCAUUUAAAUUUAGCCUAUAAUGAGAUUGGUAACUGGAAUCCAGAUUUACUGGGUAAUGUUAGCAUUGUUAGUUUGGAUCUCAGUGGAAAUAGAUUAAAGUGCAUUAAAGGAGAUUUGGAAACAAUUUUCAGAAAUGUUCAAAUUGUCUAUUUGGAUAACAAUCCUUGGGAGGAAGAAUGCGCUAAGAAGAUUGUGGAGUUACAGUAG